GUUUAAAUUCUUGGCGGUUUGAUGUAUUUUGAAAACAUUGCAGCAAAUUCAACCAAAGCUGUAAUAUCUGCAAUAUGUCAUUCUCAAAAUCAAAACGCUUCGUUCAGGCUGAAGCAUGUGCUCCUCCCCCUGGUGCUUAUGACCCCAAACAAGUAGAAAACCAGGGUGGACCAAAUUUUAGUGUUGAUACCAUUGAUCGUUUCAAAUCAUCUAAGGAGAAUAUUCCUGGACCAGGUGCGUUUGACUUGAGUACUUGUAGUAUUGGUAAUGGAUGUGCAAUUACCCCUAGAGCUACUCCACAAAAGAAACUAUUCGUUGAACCGAGUGCUGUUAGUGGAGCCAAGAAAAAACUUCCAGGGAAGUCUGCACCAGAAUUACAGAAGAUAAGAGAACUGGAGAAACAGAUUAAAAAAUUGCUGGCAGAGCGAGUAGAACAGGACAAGAUUCUGAAUUCACGAGAUGAAGAAUUAAAAACUCUGGAUGGAAAAUUGAAACUGGCUCUUAAAGAGAAAAGUUCUCUUGAGGCAAGCAUUGCCCAACAUAGAAAGGAGAUUCAGCAGUUAGCAAAGAGCAAAGACCUCUUGAAGAACAAGGUUGAGGCAGUAGAUACGAACCAAAACAAGAAAGAGGGCAGACUGCAGGAAGACCUUAAGCAGCUACAGGGUGAGCUGUACAAUAAAGAUAGGGAAAUAUGUGAUGUCAGGGACAAGAUGGACUAUACAGUGAAAGUGAUGCAGGCUGAUCUUGAGGCUUCUAACAGUAAUGUCAGAGCAUUAGAGGAACGCAACAAAGCAUUAGAGGAGAGUUACCAACAAGUGGUAAAAGACAAUGAAGGGUUGGAGGAUGAAACCACAAAAAUGUAUGCUAUAUCUGGGGAAUUGAGGAUGCAGCUUCAGCAGGCGCAUCAGGAAAAUGAGACUCUGAACUCGAAGGUUGAACAUAUCAUAGACUCCACUAACGAAAAGAUCAAGAACAUUUCGCAGGAGUUUGAGAAAAUAUCCGAAAAGAAAGACUGGUAUGAACAAGCCCUACAUACCAUGCAGGAAAAUCUAACUGACUCUACAAAUUGUCAGAAUGCACUUAGGGACUAUAGGGAUGCAAUGUCUGUGCAAUUAGACGACCUUGAAGACACAGUUAAGAUGCUAAAAGAGGAAAAGUUUGACGAUGAGGAGACAAUUAGGCAUUUGAAAGGAGAAUUGUUUGCCGUCAGUGAUCUCCUUAAGCAAAGAGAGGAGGAAAUGGAAGAAUUACUCAAACAUGAACAAGUGCUCAAUGAGAAUAUUGUGAACCUGUCCAACAAGUGCCAGGUGUUUGAAAGCAACCUGAAUGUAGCAGAACAAGAACUGAAACAGCAAGAGAAAACACUUAAAAGUGAAAUAGAAGCAAUCAAACAAAGCCACAUUGAGACUAAACAAGAGAGAUCUGAAUUACAGAGCUCUAAUGUAGAACUUCUGAAAAUGCUGGAAAUUGAAAAGGCUGAGAUUGAAGAUCUACAUGCCAAUGUGAAAAAGCUUGAAGCCAAUGUAGAACAACUGACCAGUGAAGUUGACCAACAGAAGGAAACUCUUAGCGAGAUGGAAACGGUUAAAGCAAAUCUCUUGGAGGCAGAAGACACGAUUUUGAACCUAACAUUUGAGAACAGUAAACUGAAAACAGAAAUAGAUGAACUAAUGACUGAACAAGAGAACAACAUAGACUUGGAUGAAGCUGAUGUAAGAGUUACUCAAGAGGAACUAGAAACUGUCAAAACUGAGUGCCAAUCAAUGAAGGAAACACUCAUCCAAUACGAAGCUCAACUUGAGGAUCUAGAAACUGCUAAAUCUGAGUCUGAAUCCUCCAAUAAGAACCUAGAUGCCCUGGUUGAGAAGCUUACCCUUGAACUCGAUGAAGAGCAUGAAAAAUUUGUCAGUCUUAUGAUGGAGAAACUUAAAAUUGACAAUGAAGAGGAAAAUUUACGGAAAAAUCUAUCGCAAUCAAAUCAACGUAUCGAGGAACUAGAAAAGGAAAAUCGUGAUUUGGAUUCUCAAGUUGAAAGACUGACCAUAGAACACGAACAGGAUACAUCAAGGUUUGGCCAUUUGGAAGACGAGAACUCGGAGGAGCUCCACAAUCUAAAAGCAGAGCUUGAAUCUAAGUCUAUAGAGUUUGAACAAUUAGAAGCAAGGCUGAAAAGUGAGAUUGCAGAAUUUAAAACUGACAUUGAAAGGCAUGAAUCAAGAGUAACUACACUGAGUGAAGAACUUGAAAAGAAGACUAAGAGUGAGGAGAAAGCUGGUGAAGAACUGAUCACACUUAAAGCCAAGUAUGAGGAGUUGAAGAUUGAGUCCAGCAGUAAAUUGAAGACUAUGGAAGAGAAGAUCUCUAGUUGCCGCCAAGAGACAGUUGAGGCCAAUAAGAGAUCAAUGGACAUUUCAGAGGAGCUCAACCAACAGCUGCAACAGCAGGAGACAUCUUUUAAUAAAGUGAAGGAGGACUAUAGCAAAAGGCUUGUUGAGAGUCAACUGAAGCUGUCUCAAGCUGAGGUCCAGUAUGAAGGGUACAAACAAAGGUCCGAGCAAGCAUUGGCAGACAAAAGCAAGACAUGCGAGCAGCUUCAGGAACAGAUAACGACAGAAAAAUCAAAUAUGGAAGAUAAAAUCAAACACAUGGAGGACACCAUGACAACACAACAGAAAAUGGCAGAAUCCAGAGAAAGUGAAUUGAAAACCAAUUUGUGUAAAAUUCAAGAACAAACUGAAGUUAUACAAGUAAAAUAUGAUACAAAGCUCAAGGAAAUCGAAACUUUGAAGGAAGGUAAUAUGGAAAUAGUGGCCAAAUUGAAAGAACAAAUAAAAAACAAUGAAAAGGAAUUGUCCUCACUUAAUGAGCAAAAAGCUCUUUUGACUGCAGAAAAAGACACUUUGAGUAAAUCAAAUGAUGAAAAACUUGAAAACAUGACCAAAAAUCAAAUUCAAAUGGAACAGAAAUACAAAACUAAAUUAAGUGAAAUCCAGAAUGAACUGAAAAACCAGAAAACAGACCACGAGCAGAUUACCAAAGAACUUCAUGCGAAAUAUGGAGCCAAACUUACAAAAAUUGUUCAGGAUAAAACUAAAGAAAUAGAGGAGCUGCAGAAAUUAUCAGAAGAUCAGAUAGUUCAGAUGGAGACAGUAACUCAGACUGUUGAACAGAAGCUACUUGCUACAACCACAGAGCUACAAACCACAAGGUUCACAUGUGAGAAUAAGGUGAAAGACUCGGAGAAGAAGGUCCAAGAACUACAGAUGAAGGUGACAUACUACGAGGACCAGAUACGCCAACUCCUUGAUGAGCAGAACCAAGGCUUGUCAGAGGAUGAGAGAGAACAACUCUUGGAAGAGGUGGAAAAGUGGAAGAACUUCUACGAACAGUUGCAAGAGAAAGUUGCUCCAUUCCAGGAACAAUUGGAUUCCUUUGAGGCUGAGCGACUGUCACUCUUGGGUCAGAGUCAGAAUGCCCAGAAGGAAAUCUCAAAACUGAGCUCAGAUUAUGCACGUAUUUUGGGCCAUCAGAACCAGAAACAAAAAAUCCACCAUGUGCUAAAGAUAAAAGAAGAAAAUAACAACCUCAAACAUGAGAUGCAGAAAUUGCGAGAUAAUGAGACAAAGUUAAAACGUCAGAUCAGAAAUAUGGAAGCUGAGAAAACAUCAGCUAACAAUCAACCACGACUUAAGUUUGAUCCAUCAAAGGCAUUCCGGCACUCAGGGAAAGAGAAUGAUACACCAUCCUCCCCCAGGGCCCCACUAAAAGAUGGAAACAGAGUGAAAUAAUGAUGUCACAAUGGGGUAGCAUCCAGUGUGUAGACUUUCAUUUUGAAUUGGCUGUUUCCCAACAUAACACAUUCGCAUGCUCUAUGGAAUAUCUCUUACCAUCCAUGAUGCAUGACAUUAUUAGACAGUAUGUUUCAAUGCAAAAUGUGCCAGUAUUUCAAUACAAGCUGUCUCACAUCCAUAUACUCCCGACAAUAGAGAACAAUGUACAACAAACACUGAUUAAGGAUGUGUCUUGACAAUAAGAUGGAUAUCUGGAACUUCGGAACUUUUAUCUAAAUACUUAGGUCAGUCAAAAAGUUUUGAACUGACUUCAUGGGAACACAAUUGAAACAUCCAGCAAGCAUCAAGAAUAAUCAUGGAAUAACCUCUAUUAUGCAUCCAACGAUUUUGAUUAUGAAUGGACAAAAAGUAUUAUAUAAUCCACAUAUAGUAGAUAAAUAUCUAAUCUUGUAUUUUUUCUUCAUUUGACAGACUAUUUAACUGGGGUGAUUUGAGAAAAUUACCAUUGAAUUUAAAAAGGUGCCAGGGAAUGAAGUGUAAGAUAAUACAGUAUUUGUUUUUAAUUUGGCUAUUUUGGAAUAUCAGAUUUAUUGGUGUCUUUAAUUUGGUGGUUUUCCAAUAGGAUAAAUCUCAUAUCUAUUCAAUCUGGCGGCUUUUCAUGUUAGAUUACUAGAUAGUAUAGAGGGGCUCGUUUUAAUUACCGAGAAAACCAUUGUCUACUUUUU